CGUACCCCUAAUACUUCCGGAUUACAGUAUCCAUCCCCAUAUCGAUCGUCCGCCGCGUUCCACCAGCCAACAUCUGAUAGUUAAGCGUCCCUAGUUCUCGUCUGUCCUCAUAAUCCCCCAUUUCGAUAAUCGACUUCCAGUCCCGAACACAAACGACACCAUGAGAAUCGUCAGUAUUGCAACUCUCGCUGGCCUCGUUGCCUUCGUCCAGGCCCAGAAUGGAGACUUUAUCAUCACCAACUCAGAAUUUGACCUCGUCCCUGGCGAGGAGUUCACCCUAGAGUGGGCUGGCAACGAUGGUCCUGUCACCAUCCGCCUUCAGACCGGCCCUUCGGACAACCUUCAGACCGUCGAGGUCCUUGCUGAGGGCGCGACUGGCGAUUCCUUCACCUGGCUUGUCCCUGAGGACAUUGCGGACAACACGUACAACUUCCAGAUCGAGGAUGAGGCAACGGGUGAAGUCAACUACAGUGUUCAGUUCCCCCUUGAUGGCGAUGAUUCCGCCGUCACCGCGACCCCGUCUGCCGAACCUACGUCCGCCGAACCUACGGUUACUCCCUCCGACCUGACCACGGCUGCUCCGUCCACCACCUCCGAGGCCGAGUCUUCGGCUGCUAGCUCUGAGGCCUCUGAGAUUUCCAGCGCUGUCUCUUCUGCCAUUAGCUCGGCAGUCUCCUCUGCUUCUGAGUCGGCCAGCUCGUCAGCGUCGGAAUUGGCCAGCGCCACCGAGUCCGAUGAUGCUGCGCCUACUGAGUCCGACGACGUUGAGGUCCCCGGCAGCAAGGCCGGUCGCCUGGGCAGCCCUCUUGCCCUCCUUGGCCUCACCGUUGCCGCCCUGCUCUACUUCCAGUAAUUUCUGCCACUUUAACGUUGUGCCGGAGGUGGGUCAUGGUCUUACCACUUGGUUCAUGGACAUGUUAAACACGGGAGGCACGUGGUACGGAACGAGAUUGGGGGUCGUUUUGCCGUACGACCUCGAACA